GAACCAACUUGGGAGCUGCCUUGGUGGAUCUAGAAACUGGAGUGCAAUCCUGGUUGUGCCGUAGUAAGAGUGAUGUCCUUUCACAACAAUUUGAUCAGUCGGGAAAUGUUGUUUUAUGCGGACUAAGGAAUGGAGCAAUUGUAACAGUAGAUGUUCGCCAGAGACAGCACAGGUCGUCAGCUAGACUUCCUAAACAUCGAGUUCCUUACCCUUCAUUUAAAACUCAGCAGUCGUCAAGGAAAAAUGUCAAGAAUAUGAGUUAUCAGUAUUUCGAGCUUAAAGGAAAUAUAGAUCCCUCUCGUAACAUCUUUAUGCCUUUGUCUAUUUCCAGUUUGGUUUAUCUUCAAUCUUAUGAUCAGUACUUCUUGGCAAGCUCCAUGGAUGGAUUGAUAAAACUCUAUGAUCAUCGCAUGAUCCAGAGAGGAGCUGUCCAAUCUUAUGAAGGGCAUGUAAACUCCCACAGCCAUAUACAGCUUGGAGUUGAUCCAUCUGAGAACUUUGUUAUUUCAGGUGGAGAAAAUGGUGCUGUAUGCAUUUGGAGCAUCAAGAGUGGUAAACUUCUCUUCGGAACUAAAAUAUCAAAUUCUGUUCCCUCAACAGUAUGCUGUGCAGCACUGCAUGGACUACCUGAUGGAAGAAAAACCUCUUGGGGGGCAUGGCUUGGUUCACAUGAAGGACUGUAUUUCAUUCAUGGGGCUUAAUUUGUCUUGAGGUAAAUAUGUUUGAAAACGCAUAAACAGUGAUGUCUUUUCAUUCCUGGGAAGAUCCUUGAUAACAGGUGUGCCUCCUAGCCUGUUAUAUGAAUGGAAGCAAAAAGCAAGUAGCACUAUGUACAGUCAAGGGGGUCCGAUUUUGAGUCAAUCAACUAGGUAAUGUCCAGCUCCCAUUGCCCAUUUGUAAGAGGCAAUGUCAUGAGUUACAUUUGAAUCUCUUGCAUCUUUUGUCAUAUCUUCGUGCCUUUACAAGAGUACUGGACUUUUGAGUCAGUAUAUUCUAGGACUGGGGCACAUGUUUAUUAGUGUUUUAAGUCUUCGUGAGCUUCCUACUAAAGCAUCUCCUCCCUCAUCAUGAUUAUUUUAACUUGAGUUUUUUCAUUU